AAUUUGUGAUAUCAGUUCAAGCAAAUACGUCCCUCAGACGAGUUCUGUUAAUAUGUUGUCCUUGUUGUUUUCUGGCAUCCUCGUGGCGUCAACGCUGGCAGGCAAGCCAUGCUGUAUGGACCGCCAGUUUGAGGCCAGGAUGGGUGAAGUAGGGGGUGGCAUAUUCACCCAAAAGGGAAAGCCAAAUCCAGCUUUGAUAAAUGGCGAUAACGUCAUCCACUACGAUUUCUAUGCAAGGAAGACGAUGGUUGAAGCGACGAUGAAUUACGCCAACGGCAGCAGUGUGACCAGCAACGUUGUCAUCGAUGCCAUUACAAAUCAAAUGCAUGUAAUGACAAAGGAUGGAUGCUUCACAACCAAAAGUUAUGUCCCAAUGCUGGAAGGCUGUGUUCCAGACGAUGCUGUCAAGGUACGAGAAAGUUACAUCGGAUAUGGCGUCACUGCGAUUCCUUUUACUACCUGGCAGUUCCUCAUUCCUAAGUCGGGCAUUGUAAUGCGACUCUCCGUUACUGACCAAGGAUGUGUGCCCAUCUUCGAAUCUCUCUUCGGCGACAUUGGUGGAGGUUCGGCGGAUAUUAUCUACAUCCUUACCAACUUCCGGCCUGGAAUAUCAAAGCCUAAUGCAUUCCAGGUCCCCAACGACUGCGUGCCUUUGCCGUCUAAUGAUGCUCCCGAUGUGGUCAGACGCAGCAUUGACAAGGCCGAGAGUUUGAUGAAACACUUCCAGAUGAACCAUGCGCUGUAGAAUAUCACUGUGUUGCAACACGUAUGAUUCGUCAAGUGAAAAUCUGUAACUUAAAAUACUUAUUUUUUUGGCACUUC